AUGGCGGCCGAAGUACAAUCUCUGCAGCCUCUCAAGCUGGCUGCUGGUCCCGAGGCCAUCACCGCUGACCAGCGCUACUGGAAAGGAUUCAGAUCACAGCAACUGGUGCCCUCGCCGCAUUCGAAUCCCAUCACGCACAUCUCGUUUCCUCCGUUGCCUACGAACCCGCUCGUCACACCGCCCUCUGACACUUUCGCCGUCACUUCCGGGAGCAGAGUCCAGAUCUUCUCGUCAAAAACACGCAAACUUCUAAAGACCAUCACGCGAUUCGGCUACGACGACAUUGCGCAUUCGGGAGAGAUUCGUCGCGAUGGACGUGUGCUUGUUGCUGGUGGAGACAGUGGUGCCAUUCAAGCAUUCGACACGGGGUCAAGAGCUAUUCUGAAGACAUGGAAGGAACACAAGCAGCCCGUCUGGGUCACAAGAUGGAACCCCAAUGAUCUUACUUCCAUCAUGAGUUGUAGUGACGACAAGACGGUCAGACUUUGGGACCUGCCUAGCGAGUCCAGCACUACCACUUUCUCGGGACACCAGGAUUACGUCCGAAGUGGUGCUUUCAUGCCUGGUCAGAGCAGCAACUUGCUUGUGUCUGGUAGUUACGAUCAGACUGUUCGUCUGUGGGACUCAAGAGCACCCAAGCGCGCAGUCAUGACCUUCAAGCACGCUGCCGCGAUUGAGAGUGUAUUGCCCAUGCCUUCAGGAACACAAGUGCUUGCAGCUGCCGACAACCAGAUCAGCGUUCUGGACCUGGUCGCUGGAAAGCCUCUCCACCUGAUCAAGAACCAUCAGAAGACCGUCACAUCGCUCUGCUUGGCCAACAACGGAACAAGACUCGUCAGUGGUGGUCUUGAUGGACACGUCAAGGUCUUUGAGACAUCGGCUUGGAACGUCGUGGCUGGCUUCAAGUACCCUAGCCCUGUGCUUUCGCUGAGCGUUGUUGGAGCUGGUGUAACCAGAGAAGACAGACACCUUGCAGUUGGUAUGCAGUCUGGUCUGCUGUCAGUCCGCACUCGUUUGUCAGGCGACCAAAAGGCAGCAGCAAGAGAGAAGGAGAAGGAGAUGCAAGCGCUGGUCGCUGGUACUAUCGAGGAGUACGACAGAAAGAAGGCCAAGAAGCUGCGACAAGGCGACAAAAAGGCUCUCCGUGGUCGCGACUUUACUGGAGAGGGUGCCGACAUCGUCAUUGACGGAAACGCUCGUGGAAACAUCAGAAACCAGUCAAAGUGGGAGUCUGCUCUACGGAACGGCAAGUACGCUCUGGCUGUCGACAUGGUUCUUGGAGCUACUGUAAGUUUUAUCAGUACGAAUGGAGUCGAAGUCAAGGACUGA